AUGAGUGGAGCGCACAAAGACUAUAUUCAAAAUGUGCUCAAUCCGGUUCUCCAAGAAAUGGUCUCAGCUCUUCUGGUGUCGAAACCUGAAGAUCCUAUUCCAUUCAUGGUAGAUUGGAUGAAGCAUCGCAUUAACGUUCAAGAUCGACCAUCAGAAAAAGAAGAACUCAGAAUUCUCAGACAAGAAGUCGCGCGGCUCAAAGCUGCCAAGAGUGCAGGGUCAGAAGAAGAGCAAAGUGAUGAAUCUGAAGAAGAAUUAGGCGAAGAAGACCUCCAGGCCAAAAGAGAGAAAAAGGCUCAUCGGUCUGCAGUUUCUGCUGAAGCUUAUGGAGACUGGAAUAAAAAGGAGGAUUUCCAUCCUAGGGUCAUUCCAAAGAGCCAGGAGCAAAAGGAAAGGAUAAGUGAGAGACUGUCGAAAGCUUUUAUGUUUAGUUCGCUUGACGAACAUGAGAAAGAAAUCGUGAUCAAUGCCAUGGAUGAAAGAAUUAUAGGAAGAGGUGAAACAGUAAUCCGCCAAGGAGACGAUGGGGCUGAGCUAUUUGUUGUGGACUCAGGGACUUUGCAAUGCUUUAAAGUCAUUAAUGGGCAGAAUAAAUAUUUGAAGGACUAUGGCCCUGGAGAAGCUUUUGGGGAGCUGGCGUUACUUUAUAACGCUCCUAGAGCAGCUACAAUUACAGCAUCAACUGACAGUGUGCUAUGGUCUCUUGACAGAGAAUGCUUCAACCACAUAGUAAAAGGUUCAGCUGUGCGCAAGAGGGAAAGGUACGACCAAUUCUUAUCCAAAGUUAAGCUACUGGAAAGCAUGGAUCCAUAUGAAAGGUCGCAGCUGUCAGAUGCCUUCAUAAAUGUGGCUUUCAACGAAGGAGAUUAUGUGAUCAGAGAAGGCCAAGAAGGAAACGAAUUUUACAUCAUUGAAGAAGGUACUGCUAUUGCUACUAAGACCAUCCACCCUGGCCACGCUCCUGAAGAAGUUUUAAGGUAUUCAGCAGGUGACUACUUCGGCGAGUUAGCCUUAAUAAAGAACGAGCCAAGAGCAGCCAACGUGAUUGCGAGCUCCCGAUUGAAGUGCGUGAUGCUGGACAGGCACUCUUUCAAGAGACUUCUAGGCCCUGUAGAAGACAUCCUGAAAAGGAAUGCCAGGAAUUACGAAGACAUCGUAGCAAAGAAAAGAUAA